AUGGCCGCCACCCUAAACGAUGUCCGUGGUUGCACGACCACAGCUUCAGCUCAGACGAAUACCAACUUCAAAAUCACUUGGCCGCUGUUGUGGGAACUCGCCCGCGAAUCAACACUGAAGCUCACGGAAAUCGUCUUCGUCGACCUCUGUGCUCCUGAUCCAGCUUCGAACCUGGCACCGACUAUACGACCUUAUGAUCGCCACGAUCUCUCACCACAAAGCCCAUCGAUGACUGAAUCAAUAGUGCCUGACUAUCUGCUGCAGCGCUCCUCGACUAUCAUCAUGGAUGUCUGGGGGUUCGGACCGGGCAUUGGCUGGACAUUGCACGCCGCAGAGAUUUCCAAGUUCACAGGAGCAAUGGAAUGGGCCCUGGCUCCCAGCUCAGUCAUCAUUGUCGAAGCCAUCGAAGCCCUGAGAAUGUGCUUGCAAACCAAGGCCAACAAGGGUCAGUGCCCUGAUCCUAUCGUGCUCGCGUCCAUCGACCUCGGUCGCCGUUGA